AUGGCACCCAUCCGCGUCGGCAUCAUCGGGCUCUCCUCCUCCGCCAAGACGGCCUGGGCGAGCAGCGCCCACCUCCCCUACCUCUUAUCCCCGCGCGGCCGCUCCAAGUACGCCAUCACGGCCCUCUGCAACUCGAGCGUUGAAGCCGCCCGCCGCGCCAUCGGGACGUACGGCCUCCCCGCCGCGACCAAGGCCUACGGCAGCCCCGCGGACCUGGCCGCCGACUCGGACAUCGACCUCGUCGUCGUCUGUACGCGCGUCGAUCAGCACUACGACACGGCGCUGCCGAGCUUGCGGGCCGGCCAGAACGUGUACGUCGAGUGGCCGCUUGCGGAGAACGCCGGGCGCGCGCGGGAGCUGGCGGACGCCGCGCGGCAGAGCGGGGUCCGGACGGCGGUUGGUGUGCAGGGGCGGUUCGCGCCGCCGCUGCUCAAGGUCCGGAGCCUUUUGAAGGAGGGGCUGAUCGGGAAGGUCCUGAGCAGCGAGGUCAGGGCCGCCGGCGGCACGCUCGACCGCGAGAUGCUACCGCCUGGGUUGAAGUACUUCACCCAGCGUGAGAUUGGGGGGAACAUCGUCACCAUCGGGUUCGGCCACUUGUUUGACCAAAUCCAAUACGCUUUGGGCGAGGCAACCAUCCAGCAGAGCCACGCCCAGAUCCAGCGGCCCAACGUCCGCAUCCGCGACCCGGCGACCCGGCAGAUCGUCGAGACGGUCCUGACCGACGUCCCCGACCUGCUCGCCGUGACCGCGACGCUCCCAGCCUCGGAUCUCGUCGCCCCGGGCGCCACGCUCCUCACGCGCUUCCGCCGCGGCCAGCCAUUCCCCGGCGACCCGCAGCUCUUUUGGACUAUCCACGGCGAGCGGGGCGAUAUCCGGCUCACGUCCCAGAACAGCGUGGCGCUACAGGCGUUCGCCGACGGCGACGCGGUGCGGAUCGAGGUCCACGACUUCGCGAGCGACGAGGUCGAGCGGGUCGCGUGGGCGUGGGCGGACUGGCAGGACGAGCUGCCCGUGCCUGCCCGGUGCAUCGCGGCCGUGUACGAGGCCUUUGCACAGGGGGAGGGGGCGGCCGGGCUGGCGAGCUUUGAUGAUGCCCUUAGGAGGCACGAGCAGCUGGCCGGCCUGCCCUCGAGUUCUGGCUGA